AUGACUGCGGUUUCUACUGUUUCGUACAAAUUUAAUGUUAAUGGAUACCAUACUGAUAUAAUGGAAGCUAGAAGAGGCCUUAGACAAGGCGAUUCUAUAUCGUCUAUGCUGUUUGUAAUUGUAAUGGAGUGUCUUAACAGAUACCUAUGUAAGAUGCAAAGAAAUAGUGAAUUCAAAUAUCAUCCAAGAUGUGAUAAAUUGAAAAUCACAAACUUAUGCUUCGCGGACGAUCUUCUAAUGUUCUCUAGAGGAGACAAAAAAUCAGUUGAAAUGAUGAUGACAGCGUAUGGUAAAUUUUCAAAAGCCAUAGGUUUGGUGGUGAAUCCGCAAAAGUGUCGUAUUUACUGUGCUGGAGUGGAUGAAAAGACAAAAAGAGACAUGCUCACAACCUCUGGCUUCCAAGAGGGACAGCUCCCUUUUAAGCACCUGGGUGUCCCCGUGACAGGUAAGAAGCUUUAUACACACCAAUAUUCGCCUUUGAUCGACAAGAUUGUCUGUAGGAUAAAACAUUUGACAGCGCGGUUACUUACUUAUGCGAGAAGAUUGCAGCUUAUUAAUAGUGUUACGUUUGCGUUGACUAAUUACUGGCUGAACUGUUUUCCUUUCCCCAAACAUGUCCUACAAAAAAUCGAAAGCAUAUGCCGAAUAUUUCUUUGGACAGGUGGCUUUAAGGGUAGCCGCAAGGCACCCGUAGCGUGGAAGCCAUGGUGGUUUGAAUGUUAUCGACAUUGA